CUUUCUUCCGAACUAAGGUUCUCUUACCACCUCUCCCCGACACCCCCAUCCUCCGUCCCCUCUUGGGAUCUGUCCUGCUCUUCUUUUAGGUCUAGGUAUAUGGAAUUCUCUGUCUCAUCCUGUCGCCAGUAACUUGCUGAUCGCUGCUGCGGGGAGCGACACAGUGAGGACGCGGGGGUCUAGGAACCGGAAAUGGGUUCUGUAUCAUUUGAGGACAUCUCUUUGGACUUUACCUGGGAUGAGUGGAAGGAUCUUGAUUCUGCUCAGAGGACACUCUACAGGGAUGUAAUGUUAGAGAAUUAUAGAAGCCUCAUGUUUUUGGGACACUGCACGACCAAACCUGAGUUGAUCUUCAAGUUAGAGCAUGGAUUUGGGCCAUGGAGUUUAGCAGAAGCCUCUAUCCAGAGCCUUCCAGGUGUUCAUAAAACGACUGUCCCAAUUGAGAAUGACCAGGAAUAUCACAAGGGACUUUUGUGGCAAGUUGAAAUCACCAACAGGCAGAUAUCAAAUGAAGAAAUUGUUGAAGCAGAACUGACGGUGGCACAGAAAAUCUGCCAGGGGACAUCUUAUGAAGGGAAAGCAUGUGUGAAGAUGUUUUGCCAGCAGUCACAGCACACAAGGGAUCAGAGCACACUCGCAUGUGAGACAACUUUCAGUUAUAAGUCACUUCUCAAUAAUCGUCAGAGCCCUUUAGAGGAAACAUUCUGUACAUAUAGACAGUGCAGGAAUACAUUCUCUUGGAAGUCACACCUCACUGAACAUCAGAGAAGUUGUAUAGAUGAGAAGCCAUAUGAAAGUUCAGGAUAUGGGAAAGCUUCCCACACCAAGUCUCAGCAUCAGAUUACUCAUACAGAUGAGAAGCCCUACAAAUGUCUGGAAUGUGGGAAAUACUUCUACUACAAGUCACAAAUCACUGAACAUCAGAGAAGUCAUACAGGUGAGAAGCCUUAUGAGUGUACAGAAUGUGGAAAAUCUUUCAGCUAUAAGUCACAUCUCACUGUCCACCAGAGAAGUCAUACAGGUGAAAAGCCACAUGAAUGUACAGAAUGUAGGAAAGUUUUUUACUAUAAGUCACAACUCACUCGACACCAAAGAAGUCAUACAGGAGAGAAACCCUAUGAAUGUGUGAAAUGUGGAAAAUCUUUCUACUGUAACACGCAUCUUUCUCUACAUCAGAGAAUUCAUGUAAGUGAGAAACCUUAUGAGUGUACAGAAUGUGGAAAAACUUUCUCUUUCAGUGCGUGCCUCACUCGACAUCAAAGGACUCAUACAGAUGAGAAGCCAUAUGAAUGUACACAGUGCCCCAAAGUUUUCCACUUUAAGAAACAACUUACUCAUCAUCUGAAAAGUCAUACUGCUGAGAAGCGCUUUGAAUGUAAACAAUGUGGAAAAGCAUUUUACUGGAGGUCUAACCUUAGUGUGCAUCAGAAAACUCAUAGUGGUGAGAAGCCUUUUGAAUGUAAACAAUGUGGAAAAACAUUUUACUGUAAGUCCCACCUCACUGUACAUCAGAGAACUCAUAUAAGUGAAAAGCUCUAUCAAUGUACAGAAUGUAGGAAAGCAUUCUAUUCUCAGACACAGCUUACUGUACAUCAGAAAACUCACACUGAUGAGAAGCCAUAUGAAUGUAAGCAAUGUGGGAAAACAUUCUACAGCAAGUCUGGGCUUACUGCACAUCAGAAAACUCACACAGGUGAGAAGCCCUAUGGAUGUAAACAAUGUGGAAAAGCAUUCUAUAAUAAGUAUUUGCUCAUUGAGCAUCAUCGAGUUCAUACAGGUGAGAAGCCCUAUCAAUGUACAGAAUGCAAGAAAGCAUUCUACUGCAAGAAAUAUCUUUCUCUACAUCAGAAAACUCAUGCAAGUGAGAAGUCAUUUCAUUGUGCAGAAUGUGGGAAAGCCUUUUCCUGGAUGUCACACCUCACUCAACAUCAGAGAAUUCAUACAGGUGUGAAGCCCUAUGCAUGUGAACAAUGUAGGAAAGCUUACUACUUCAAGAAGCAGCUCACUCGACAUCAAAGAACUCAUACACAUGAGAAGUCAUUAGAUGUAAAUAAUGCAGGAGAACAAUUCAAAGCAAAUGCAACUUCUCUGUGUAUGAAAGAAUUCAUACAAAGGAGAAACUCUGUAAGUGUACCAAAUGCAGAAAUUUUUCUUCCUCAUGUCACACCUUACUCAAAGUCAGAUGAGAAAGCCUAAGGAUGUAAAGAAUCAAUGAAAUUUUACUAAAAUGUAUAAUCAGAAAGCUUGCAGGUGAAAAUCUGAUUAAUUUUAAAAGUAUGGUGAACUUCUAGUGUAAAUCAGCUGUUACUCUACCAAGGAACACAUACCACAGUGAGACAUAUCUCUGUAAAGAUUGAAGGCAUGGUACCACAGUUCUCUGUAAGAGAAGCCAUAUGUAUGGAUCCUAUGAAGUUAAAAACUGUAGAAAAGCUGUGUCAUUUUUCACUUGACUUGAAUAUACUGUGAGUAACACUGAAUGUUAAGAACAGAGGAAAGCUUUCUAAUAUUAAACCUCCUGAAUUCAUACCUGGAAACUUAUGCAGGUGUGGAGCCCAAUAAAAUUAAUGAAAAUGG